UGGCUUUAGAACAAUUGAGGAUCCCACAUGAGGAGGUGAAGAAUAUUGCAACUGAGACAUGAGUUGGUCUGCCCUGUUUGGCAUGCUGCUCCUGAAACUCUCACCAGGAUUAAGAGUUUUGAAGAUGAAGGGCUUGAUGGAUAGAUUUCCAGGCCAUGUAUUCAUUCAUUGUUUUCGUGAAUGUCCACAUGAUGGUGGCAUUUCCUACAUCGACAUCACUGCUCAAUACACGUGACGGAGAACAAAGAAAUAUAAAAAAUGUACAAGGGAGAAUUAGAACAUUCAAACAAUUCUUCAAAUUGAGCAAUGAAGGUGAUUUUUCCAUAGGUGGGUUUCUGUUGAAAGUGCAUAAUGUUCGAAUCACGGUGAAAACAAUGUUUAAAAUAGGCAGUAGCUAAGGGUUUUCUAAUUGGUGUGAAGUUGCAGAAUCACGACAUAUAUUAUUAUAUCUUUCAAACCUCAAAAUUACAGACAAUGCGAUGUCUUUCUGUCUUGAUGCAACAUUUCAGCAUUUAAAGUCGCUAAGUAUUUCAUCAUUUAGGGUAUUUUGGCGUCUUAUUUUUUUAUAUGCCAUGGCAUGAUCAGCUUAAAAAUGAACACAUAUCUGUGCAUGUAAUAAGGCAUAACAUUGAAGUAAAUUUAAUGCGAGCGGGGAGUCGUUUCAAUUUAUCAAAUCAAACUAGCCACACUAAUAAAUGUGGAAAAUAUUUUUCGAACACCUUCAAUCUCUAUUUGUACGUAUCCAUAUGUACAUACAUAGGCCUCUUUGAGGGAAUGAAAGAUUUGCGUGUCCAAUGAGAAGUUUCCCACGGUCUGGCUGAGCCAAUGAGGUGAAGGUAGGUUCAGCGUCACUCCGUGUUGGCAUGUCUCAACUACGUGCCUAGUUCCCGUGCUCUAGAGAACGGGACACUGAGCGCGUGCAUAUCGUACUCGGGAUCUUACUGAGGCGGACGGGACACGUACACAAGAGCUGACACUAAAUGGGGCUCAGCAGCACGGGAUGAACGAAGCACCUGCUCCAGAGUGCUUCUAAGUCGGACUGCCUGGCUGGUUGCUUUUUCUUGGUACUAAGGUUUCGUUGGACUGAGAACAAAAUAGUGAAAAUGUCCGAAAGGUUUCGAAGACACGGCUCUCCGACCUGUAACAGCAGAGACGAAACUGCCGGCGUCGAGGGAGCGGCCUCGAGCGGCCGGUUGCUGCCCCUGAAAGCCACCGUUCCCUUUCAGCUCAGAGCCCCCUCUCAGCCACGCGGUGCGACCAGCCCCUCGCGCAGCAACAGCAGCAGCAGCAGCAGCAUCAUCAUCUGUGGCGGCGCGCGCACGUCCACGUCACGCGGUCAGAGCCCCGCUCGCGCUGUCUGCGACGCUCUCGCUCCGUCUCACUGCUCGCACUCCUCUCGUUCCUCCUCCUCGCUCCUCUCUGCAGCUGUAGUCGCAGCCGCAGCCACAGCCACGCGCGCCGUGACAAUCCCCUCGCCGUCCACGGGAGGCAGCCCCACGCACAAACCCCCCCAGCCUCCUGCCGCGUCACCGCCGCAGCGCCUCGCCGCGCCUUCCCCCUACACGUUCCCGUGCCGCGGCAGCAGCGCGCUCUCCCCGUGUUCGUCAUCCCCGAUCCUGCAGCUGCGGUGUCCCCCCGAGCCGCCUCACCCUCCUCCUCCUCCGCCUUCGGCUUCUCCAUCCUGCUCCAGCUCGUCGUCCUCCUCGGGGGAGCAGGCAGGGCGGCAGUCCACGGAGAACGGCAGCGCGUCCCCCGGGAGGAGGGCGUGCAGCUCGCCACUGUGCCGAGAGAAAUCAAGGCAGCUUCUACCAGGACCAUCCCCUGCCGCCCACUCGAGCGACGGCCCUUUCCGCCGGACAUCUUCCCUGGACACACUCACUGGGCCCUACUUGGCAGGGCACUGGCCUCGGGACGGCAGCCACGCUCAGUGUGCGCCCUGCAUGAGGGACAAGGCCACUCAGACCCCCAAAGCUUGGGCAGAUGAAUAUUCGGAGAAGAGACGGGGCUCCCACAAGCGCUCGGCCUCCUGGGGAAGCACCGACCAGCUUAAAGAGAUUGCUAAGUUGCGGCAGCAGCUGCAGCGAAGCAAACACAGCAGCCGCCGACACCGCGACAAGGAACGAAAAUCUCCCUUCAACGGCAAUCAUGUUGUCAUCACCCAGUCACAGACUCCUGUCACCAAGACCUUCCUCAUCCCCGUUCCCAAGUCAGCGGUGUCGCGGUUCCGAAACAGCGUGGAGGGCCUAAACCAGGAGAUUGAACGCAUUAUCAUUCGGGAUUCGGGGGAGCGCGAUGAGCAGCUUGUUCCCCAGGAUGUUCCCGAUGGACAUCGCGCUCCCCCUCCUCUCCAGCAGCGCAGUAGCAGCACCCGUAGCAUUGACACCCAGACACCUUCAGGUGGUGGCGGUGGUGGAGGGGGCAGUAACCACAGCAACAGCAGCAGCCGCCCCGAUUCCAUCUCCCCCAGCUUCCUUACGGUGGCUAAUGACAUAGGGGGCCCGAGCCCCUGUCCCAGUGAGGACCUGCUGACCGAUGGGCGAUCGAGCACACACAAAGACCUGGACCCCAGUUCCCCUGUGCCCAAAUACGCCUUCUCCCCCAGGCCCAACAACAGCUACACAUUCAAACGUGAACCUCCCGAGGGCUGUGAGAGAGUGAAGGCCUUUGAGGAAUCCCUGCCCAGGCUGCCACGUGAUAUCCCAGAGUUCCUCUGCCCUGAUAGGAACAAGGUCAACUUCAUCCCCAAGAGUGGCUCCGCCUUCUGCCUGGUCAGCAUCCUCAAGCCGCUCCUCCCCACGCAGGAGCUCACCUUCAGGGGCUCUGGGGCGCUCGGGGUCCACAGCCUUUCGCCCUCACCAGGGCCACCCCUGGCCUUGGAACCGGACCACAGGGUAUCCAGAGGAACGUGCACGUCAGCCCCUCCACCCUGCCUCCCACUGCACCUGGAGGAGCCCGAAAGCUAGACCUUUUGGAGGGCGGGGUAUCACACCUGUUCCAUUCCACUAAACCCAGCCAAGCUGUCAGUCAAACUUUCUUUUCUACUUCAGUGUUCUGUGAUUGGAAACCUCCUCUUCUGUCUCUUUUGCCAAGAAGAAGAAAAUGUCUUAAUUGCUUCUGCUAUGCAGCUUUUAUUUUGUUUGUCCAAAAUAGCAAGCAGAUACAGUGGGGGAAACUAGGGACAGCAGAUCUCGUCUCUAAAGAGAUGCAUCCAGGAAAAGAAGUGCUACUUUAACCAUUGUGACCGUUUGAGCGGGGCCACUGGUGUAUAAACUACUUGCUGUGGGUAGCUGGACAUGAGGAAGGAGGAGAAAGAGCAGAAAUUCUAGUCUGUUAGUGUUAUUUAUUGAGCAGUAUUUAGGGGACUAAUCUCUAAAGAGAAGAAGCAUGAGGACAAACUUCAGGCCGAUGAAGGUAUGUUUGGAACAAGUGAGUUCUUGAGGUCGGCCGCAGAAGAUGAGAUGGUAAGGAAGCAUCUAUGCUCUUGCAUUUACUUGGUUUUGGUUCACCAUGCAGCUGAAAGCAUCUGUAAAUAUGCCACCUCGUCCUUGUGCAUAGAGAAGAACCAGUGUACAGAAGUGUAGCAACGUGUCGGGAUGUGAGUCGUGUCACUGUGGAGUGGUGGUGAUAGCAGCAGGCCGUUCCAUUGGCUUUAAGACAUUCUUACAAUUCAGUGGGCUGAAAAUGAACUUUCGACAACACCAAAGAUCAAAGAGUUUGUCAAGGCCUUGGUCACCAGCGAGUGACGACGUCUUUGAAAAUAACUGGCUAUGCCACAUCGGUGCUUUGACACUUUGAGAAGUGGACUGUAGACCGGGGUAAAACAGGGAGAUGGUCAUGUGGAUUUGAACUUUUAUCUGUAAGUGUAUUCUGUAAUUUUAUCUUGGUAAAUUUGUAGCGGAUAUAAGUAAAAUAAGAAAUACUGAAUCAUAAAUACACUUUUGUCUCAUCUGGGAAUGUUGGAUGUGCUAUAAGGCAUACUUGCCUGUCUGGAUUUACAGUGACCAUAACUAUCCUCUUUAUUACAGGAUUGCAGUGUUUACAACAGAUAAAUUUCCAAACUACUCAGACCAGAUUUGUUAGCCUAAAAUUUUCGUACUUUGUAACUGUAUUAAAAUGAUUAACAGUUUUUAAGUUCUUGUUCAUACCAGGCAGUAAAGACCAUUAAGGUGACCAUUAAAUGCAUCAGCAUCACUUUUAGUGAGCGCCACGAGGAACAGUAAUACUGCAACACCAGCGCUUUCAACAAGCCGAGAGACAAAACACCCCAACCGACAACACCAGCCGAAACGCAGGAACAGCAUUGCCAAGACAGCAGCACGUUUAGGGUUUGGGUUUAGGGUAUUUAACGAACAUUGAGAGGAACAGAAACGCAACAAAAGCACUGUAUCAACGCACACACAGAGGGACAUUCCAUACUGUAAUCGUACUCUGUCAGACCCUUCUGUCCUUAAUUUUAAGUGCGAUUUGGCACAGGGACAAUGUGAUGAGCGGGUAUUCCAGGAGCAUUGUCUGCAGAAGGUGAAGACGUGGGGUCAUGUGACUGUUGGACUCUUCCCACUGUGAAUUACACAGACAUCAGAGAGGGGGUCACCCGGGUGCACGGUCAUUAGCCGUGACCACCAGGCGUUUCCUCGAUAAUCUGUACUGUGCUCAUUGUCGACAGUUUCGUCGCAGCUUUUCGACUGUAGCGGAAUGCCUUGUUCCACUUUGUGGUGGGGCAGCUGGGAGAUUCUGCAUCCCCAGCAGAGGGCGCACACACAUAUCGGCCUAAAGCUGCACUGCAGGCGGCCGCACGCUCCUCUGUCGUAUUUUGCCUUGAGCGGGGCGGCGUUUAGCGUUUCGAGGAUGUGCUUUGUGUUUUUUAUUUGACCUUUAUUCUCUUUGUGUUGUUACUAUCGUGAUCAAGGUUGCCUACUGGGAAGAUUGUACUUGAAUACUUCAGCUUGUUUCUCACUGUUAGAGCCCUAGCGUUCUAUUUCAGCAUCUCUUUUACCGCUUAAACACAGAUACAUAAGAACAUUUAAAAUGCCCUUUUUUUCCCCACUUAGAACUGGUUAGAGUUUUUAUACUCAGGAAUGUAAAAAUACAUUUCUUUCAAAUGUAUAUGUAACAUAUUGUAGACAUUGAGGUAUUAGAUGCACAACGUACUCUUUCAGCAGAUAUUACUGUAUUAUCUCCAGGAAGAAUGUUAUGCCCCAGGACAUGAACUCAGACUCUGUUUCGAGCUCCAUUAAAUGUUGUCUUAUCUUUAUCUUUUAUUAGUAGCCUAAAGCAGGUGUUACUGCAGGAGAGGCAAAGUGUGUAGAGAUGAAGCAGAUAGAUGGGAACUUGUGUGCAAAAAAGUGACAGAUCAGUCUUGGUUGUGCUGCAUGUAAUGAUUCUG